GCUGCGACGCACACCCCCUCCAGCGGCCCGAACGACUGAAACCGACCAAGUCCGCGCCUCUGAGCGCCCGGCGUCAGGAAAGGCCCCCUGCGCGCCCUCUAGCGGCCGCCCAGGGAAUCCCGCUUUCCGGGGAGCCCGCGAAGGAAACUGCGCUAGUUGUUCAGCGGUGCCCUGCGCGCCCCCUGGCGGCCGUGCAGUGAAUCACCGGAAUUCUCAAUGGCCCGGGUCCAUUUGCUAGAGGCAGGAGUGAUGCUCUGCUCCAUCCUUGCCUGCUCUCUUGGCAGGGACUCGCCUUGGAUCCAUAGCCUAAAAAACAGGGAGAUCUUCAUGCUGUUGAGACAGCUGGAAAAAAUCCACUCUAAGUCAUGCCUGAACGACGGAACCUACUUCAAAUUUCCUUGGGAAAGCGAGACUAUCACCCAAAUCCGGAAGACGCAGGGCACCUGUUUCCACUAUGUGAUGCUCCAGGAGAUCAUCAACCUCUUCAACACAGACGACAGCCGUGCUGCUUGGAACAACGCCCUCCUGGAUCAACUACUCUCUAGGCUUCAUCACAGCCUGGAGCAGCUGGAAGAAGAAAACCUGGCUUGUCCCUAUUUGGGAACUGUUGCCCGGAAUUACUUCCAAAAAAUCAAUCACUAUCUGAAGGAAAAGGCAUUCAGCCCCUGUGCCUGGGAGGUUGUCAGAGGGGAAACGGAAGUGUGCCUCUCCCUCAUGUAGCAAUACUCAGAGAAAAGUCGGCAAAUAAA